UGAGUGUAUUGAUCUGUGGAGUGAUGAAUGUAUUGAUUGUAUUGUUCAGGUAUGAAGUACCAUCUCCUACCUCAUCGGCGCCCCCUGCUGCAGAGCCCCAGAACCAGACCUCGUAAAUCUACUGUAGGAGCCAUGUUCGCUGUUGGGGGAAUGGACGCUAGCAAAGGAGCCACCAGUAUAGAGCAGUACUGCCUGCGUCGGGAUGCGUGGAGCCAGGUGGCGGUGUUGAGCGGGCGCAGACUCCAGUUCGGGGUGUGUGUGCUGGAUCGACGCGUCUCUGGUCGGGGUCGGGAUGGACUGAAGACCCUCAACACCGUGGAGUGUUACGACCCGGACGGUGGCAGCUGGAGCGUCAUGACGCCCAUGUCCACACACAGACACGGGCUGGGUGUGACAGUACUUGAGGGUCCAAUGUAUGCAGUAGGAGGGCAUGAUGGGUGGAGCUACCUCAGCACUGUAGAGAGGUGGGAUCCUCAGGCUCGUCAGUGGAGCUUCAUCGCCAGCAUGGCAACACCUCGAUCUACUGUAGGAGUAGCUGUACUCAGCGGAAAGUUGUAUGCAGUAGGGGGUCGUGAUGGAAGCUCCUGUCUGCGCUCCGUUGAGUGUUUUGAUCCCCACACCAACAGGUGGAGCUGCUGCGCUCCGAUGGCGAAGCGUCGCGGCGGGGUGGGCGUGGCUACCUGGAACGGUUUCCUGUACGCUAUUGGAGGACAUGACGCUCCCGCCUCCAGCCUGGCAUCACGACUCAGCGACUGUGUGGAGAGGUACGACCCCCAGACUGAUGCGUGGACGGCGGUAGCCCCCAUGAGCGUCAGUCGUGACGCUGUCGGUGUGUGUCUCCUUGGAGACCGUCUCUAUGCGGUCGGUGGUUACGAUGGAACGGUGUACCUGAACACUGUCGAGGCCUACGAUCCCCAGACCAACGAGUGGACACAGGUGGCUCCACUGUGUCUGGGCCGGGCUGGGGCCUGUGUGGUGGCUGUCAAACUGUGAACACACACACACCUGAACACUCACACACCUGAACACUCACACACCUGAACACUCUUUGGACCCUCCCCAUUCCUCCUUGUCUCCAGGGUUACCUCCAAUGGGAGUUUAACUGAAACAUUCCACUAAAACCAGGAGGACAUUAUAGACAUUGAAGUCGCUCUGGAUAAGAGCGUCUGCUAAAUGACUUAAAUGUAAAAUGUAAUGUAAAUGUAAGUUGGAGAGGAGAUUACUGACUACAGAUUGAAGAGCUCUCUCUGUCUCUCUCCUCUGUCUCUCCCCUCCCCUCUCUGUCUCUCUCCUCUGUCUCUCCCCUCCCCUCUCU